ACAAGAUGUUUUAGGUAGCAUUGGGGAUUGAAUUUGGCUUGUUUUGAUGGGAACAAUUCGGCCAUAUGGGUUCAACACAAAGAAAACAACAUGGCUUGACUUUAAGUGAAUAAUAGGACAAGAAGUUACUAUUCAAUCAAAGACUUCUUUGCUGAUUUUGCCCUUUUGUUUUGUGUGAUGAUUUAGGCCUGAUUUUGGGGAGAAAAAUGGUAGAGAAUUUCGUCCUUAGUUUUAGGAAAUAAAUAGGAAAGACAUUAUUUUGGUAAAGGGACUUUAAAAGAAACAAACAAAAGUUUUAAAAGAUAAAAACAAGAAACUAAGGUUUUAUUUUGUCUUCUUUGGUCUCAUUUUCGUCCAAGGCUUCAAAAUGGAUGGGGAAGACUUUAUUUUGGAUAAAACAAAAGAUAAAAUACUUUUGGAUAUGUUGGGAGAGGUUUGGGUUUUGGUGGAGCCAUCCAGGGGCAGACUAUCAUUAUUUGAGAAUUUUUCCUAUACCUAUAGCGGAAUUCUUCCCCUAGCGUUUCAAUCUUUCCCUUUCUUUCGUUGUUCUCAUUCUAGCCCUACGCCUUGAUUUAAUUCGGCGUCAGUUGGUAUCAGAGCCCAGUUCGACGAAUAAAGGAAGAACAUCCUUCAACAUCAAUGGUGCGUGCACGAGGUCGUGGCCGUGGGCAACCUAUGGGUAACGAACCCCCCGACGAGAGCAGCACCUUGACGACAUGGAGGUGAUAACAGAUCUACAGCGGCAUAACGAGGUUAUGCGGCAGCAGAUCGCGGAACUCACACGGCGCCUGACAGUGCGAGAUUUGGAGGAUCAUGAGGAGUCAGAUCACGGAUCCCAAUCAUCCUUCGAGAACCCGUAUCAUCGCGAACCUCGCGGUCGUGAUUUUCACGUCCGUGAUGACUAUCGCGGAGGGCUAGGGUUUAAGGUGGAAAUCCCUAGUUUUUCAGGAACCUUGCAGGCCGAUGAUUUCAUUGACUGGCUGAACGAGGUGGAUCGGAUCUUUGAGUAUAAGGACGUUCCUGAUCGUGACAAAGUGAAGCUCGUGGCUAUCAAACUCCAUGGACGAGCCUCUGCAUGGUGGGAACAGAUGCGGCGAUCUCGUGAGAAGAAGGGCAAACCAAAGAUCAAUGAUUGGGAGAAUAUGAAGGGUAAGAUGAGGGCACACUUUCUUCCCUUCGGAUACACACAAACCCUAUUUCAACGACUCCAUACGUUGAGGCAGGGAACAAGGUCCGUUGAUGAUUACACCGAAGAAUUCUACCAGUUGAUUGCCCGCAACGAUCUGUCUGAAUCGAAGGAGCAGCUUGUGGCUCGAUAUAUGGUAGGCUUGCGUCAAUCGUUGCAGGAUGUUCUCAACCUCCAUUCAUUAUGGACUGUUUCUGAGGCAUACAAAAGGGCCCUUGCAGUGGAGAAGCAGCAGAACCGGAAGCCGGUGACCAACAACCGUCAGGCUCGACCCCAAGAGCCUCGACCGACCACACAGGGAGUCCAGGGGACCCAUGGAGCUUCUAGUAGUACGAUUAAGUGCUAUCGAUGUGGUGAACCAGGACAUAGGGAAAAUGAGUGUAAAAAGCCGGCCAUGCAGAAGGGCAAGAGCCUGUUCAUUGAGGAAAACAUGAUAGAUGAAACUGAAGAAACCGAGGGGUACGGUGAACCUACCUAUGACGACUAUGCAGAAGAUGAUGUGCUUUACGGAGAUGGACAUGAGAAUCUGGUUGUGCGUAAGAGCCUUCUAGCUCCAAAGGAUGACUCUAAGGAUGAUUGGUUAAGGAACAACAUCUUCAGUACAACCUGCACCAUCGGAGGUAAGGAGUUCACCUUUGCUCUGAAGCACCAAGCGGGCAGCGUGAAUCGUGUUGCCGAUGCCUUGAGUCGGCGCAGUCUGCUUCUCACCUCCAUGAGCAAUCGAGUUACAGGAUUUGAUGUGUUCGCAGACAUGUAUAAAGAUGAUCCUUCGUUUGGAAAGAUAUUUAUGGAGGUAAUUUCUGGUCAGCGAUGUGAUUUUAUUGUGCACAAUGGUUAUCUAUUUCGAGGGCAGCAGCUGUGCAUUCCAGAUUGUUCCUUGCGGCAGCAGAUUAUCAGUGAGCUCCACAAUGAAGGGCAUUUUGGUCGAGACAAGACUCUUGUUCUUGUGUCGGCUGACUUUUAUUGGCCAAAAUUGAGAAGUGAUGUGACCCAUUUUGUGGAUCGUUGUUUUGUGUGCCAGCGUUCAAAGGGUGUUCUUACUAACGCAGGGGUCCUGGACAUGGCCCCUAUUCCACGUGUGGGGCGUUUUCCUCCUAGAGCCGAGGAGAUGGCAGAGCAUCUGAAGGAAAUUCAUGAGCAAGUGCGGAGUAAGAUUGAGGAGAGCAACAACCGGUACAAGGCCCAGGUGGACAAACAUCGUCGUCAAGUUCUGUUUGAUGUCGGAGAUUUUGUUUCGGCUGUAUUAACUAAAGAUCGCUUCCCUAUUGGCGAGUAUGAUAAACUCAAGGAUCGAAAAAUUGGACCCUGCGAGAUAGUUCAGAAGAUCAAUGAUAAUGCUUACCGAUUGCGGCUACCCAGUCACGUGAAAACUUCUGAUGUUUUCAAUGUGAAGCACCUAACUCCUUGUUUCUUGGAUUCUAAGGAAGAUGAUGUGAACUCGAGGGCGAGUUCUUUCCAACCCGGGGUGACUGAUGUAGGAGAGGAUUAAGGCCUUAAUUUUUUAAUUUUUGUGUCUUUGGGCCUUUGGCCUAUUUUUUAGUUAGCCCAUUUAUUUUUAUUCUUAGGCCCGUUUUGUCUUCCAUCUUUUAGGGUUUCAGUCCCUUUGUUUUUUUCAGCUAUUUAUAGCCCGGCUUGUGGGCAUAAUU